UAAGAUGGGAAUACUGAAGGAGUUAAUGGAUUGUCUGCAAUUUAUUUGCACAUUUCAGCUCUGGAGAAUGGCAAUCUUCUGGACCCUUUCUCUGGUUUAUUCAUACUUGAAGUUGUAUCUCCAAAACUUUUCAUUGCAUAAACAUAAACCCUAUCCGCGCUUGUCUCCCAAAGAUCACUCGUAUGCCUCAACUCUUCUGUCCAGGCCGGUCUGUGUAAUAACUGGGGCUUCGUCUGGUCUGGGGGCUGCUGCUGCUCAUGCACUUGCAAAUGAAGGCUUUUAUGUUGUUCUUGCAAUGAAAUCUUGUCGAUUAUGGGUGCUUUCGAACUAUACUUUGUUCCAACUCUAUGGUUGAUUGAGAUUUCUUUUUUUAAUAAUCAAUGCAGUAGGGAGAUCUUUGGAACGUUUAUCAAAGGUAACAUCUGAUAUCAGGAGAAGUGAGGUCGAUGCUUGCUUGAAAGCUUUUGAAGUGGAUAUGACCUCCUUCGAGUCGAUUGUGAAGUUCAAGGGGUCACUCCAACAAUGGCUGCUGGAUUCAAAUUUGCAUUCGUCUAUUCAACUCCUGAUAAAUAAUGCUGGAAUCCUCGCAACGACCUCUAGGAUCACUUCUGAAGGAUAUGACCAGAUGUUCACAACAAACUAUUUUGGUGCAUUUUGUAUGACCAAAGUCCUUCUCCCUUUGCUGGAAAGUAGCCCCACCCCUUCUCGUGUGGUUAAUGUCACAUCCUUUACACACCGGAGUGUAUGGUCCAUGCAGGUGGACCGAAGAGCUAUCAAGUUUUUAUCCAAAUCAAAGCGGUACCCGUUUGCAGAAAUCUACGAGUACUCAAAAUUGUGCCUUUUGCUGUUUUCAUAUGAGCUUCAUCGACGAGCUUGUGUAAUGGAUAACUGCCAUAAGCUCUCUGUAGUAGCUGUGGAUCCUGGAGCCGUGAAAACCGAAAUCAUGCGAGAACUUCCUUGGGGCAUUUCUCACAUAGCAUUUAUAAGCUUGAAAGCUUUGGGUCUCCUUCAAACCCCAGAAGAUGCGGUAGGCUCUAUUCUUGAUGCCUCGCUUGCCCUCCCAGUAUCAUCAGGAGAAUACUUCUUUGGAGGAAAAGGAAGAACGUUGGCAUCAUCCCCGCUUUCCUACAAUUCUAAAAUCUCUAGAGAUCUUUGGGAUACGUCAAAUGAUCUGUUCCGGGAAUUGCAAGAGGCUCUUGAAACGCCUGAUUAACGUCAUUAGAGUUUGAAUGAAUGUGGACAGACGUUAAGUCUACAUUCAUGUGGUUUUUAACGUAUCUUGAAAGUCUUUACCGACAGUUACUUAGGAAUGGAGGGAGGACUUUGUAACAAUGGUCAUUGUCAUUACCUUAAUUCUCAACUAUAUAUUAUUGUAUCAUGAAUGAUGUAAUUUGAUCCUUUGUUUUAUUCUUUUAAUUAACAAUUGCUCCAUAU